AUGGACCGUUCGCGAUCAACCUUUUCGGCCCCCCGACGGGUUAUGACAGCACCCCAAGGCUCUGUCUGCAGCCCUUCUUCAUCGUCUCAAUCGGCCCCAGGUCUUGUCGAAACCCUUUACAACCAUCCAAAUGUCAAGAUCAUCGCCUUUACAGCCUCGGGGCGAAGCAGGGCGAGGAGUCCCGGCCGUGCGCCACCCGACGAGGAGCCCGGCUCGUUGUCAUCGUCAUCGCAGCUUGAGCGUACUAUUGCAGUCGGCCCAUUUCGGAUCUACCGAGCACCCGGCUCCGUGGCAUUUCUGAAUUGCGGUUCAGCGCUGCAACCGAUUCUACCGAAGAGCCAAUGUUGGUGCAUCGACGAAGUGUCCAACAAGUUCGUUCUUCAAAUCCGUCGACCGCAAUACUGGAGGAUAGAGGUUCCGGUGUCGGACCCUGAAGAGAAGGAGUUGGCCCACGCGUUGCGAGGCGUCUUUGAUCAGAUCUUACAGUUCGAAAAGACAGCGUGCCCGUUCAAGCGAUCUUUCACGAUAGCGCUCCCUGAGAAGCCGAAAACACCCCUCAAGAAGCGGCCCUGGACUCCGGUACGCAGAUCCGAUAUUACGCCCACCGCCACGACCAUCGUCGAGGCGACGUCAACGCCCCCAGCUAGGACUACGAGGCGCAAGAGCGAGUCGCCUGCCGCACGGCAACUGAAAGCCAGCAUGAAAGCCUCUUUCACAGCAGAUGAAGAUACCACAACUCGAAGCGAAAUCGUCCCAGAUACUGCUGUGCAGGGCACGAAUGUUCAAGCACCAGAGGCCCAAACGCCAGAGGCCCUAGGAGUACCCCCUGUCAGCUCUGUCGCCGAAGACGACAUGUCCACGCAGAUAGAAGACAUCACCGAGGUUUCGAAGCAAACCAAUGACGCAAGCGGUCGAAACACCGCGGAUGAGACGGAGAACAGAGAAGUAGAAGAGAUACCAGUCACAGAUGACAGAUCUGUUUUUGAGCAGCCUGAAUCGGACCACAACACUCUCGAGAUUCUACCUGCAUGCAAGCCGGACGCGACAGUCAUUUUAGCAACAACAAACGAUGUGAACGAUGGUACCCGAGUCCGGACAGAAGCAACGGAAGCCGAGCAGAGCCAGGAAAUUCCGCUAGAAAUAGGUGUUCCCCUCGCCCCAAUGCAGUCUCAACCCUUGAGCGACGUUCGCGAGAACUCGACACCACAGAGCAAUAGCCCACCGACUCUAUUGCCUGUGCAAGAAGCGGAGGAAGUAUGCGAAGAGCUGCCGCCGCUGACAGCUAUUCGGAGAGAAGAGCCGCCCAGUGUUCCUCCCGAAUUUUCAACACCUGAAACGGCUGUCGAGUUGACGCCCCGGCAGACAAGUACGCACGCUCGACCUGACAUCCACGACUUCCUUCGUGCAUACGAGCAAAAGACGGCGGCAGAAGCCCCGACAAAGGCAGACGUCGAGCCCAGCGUUGUCUUGGAAGAUGUUGAGCUCCCAGCAACCGCUGAUGACGACAUCAAAUCUACGGCCAGCGGAGAAAGCGGACUAGAGACAGCCGAGACGGAGCAAACUAGCGCAGAGGUGCUGGAGGGGAGUGGUGUUGUAGGUGCUCGGCGGAAGAAGUUGCGCGGGUUCCGCGCAGGUCGCUCUCUUGCCGUUCCACCACAACUCACGCUCAUCACAUCGCCGCCUUCCAAGUCUGCCGCUUCGAAGCAAUCUCCUGCUCGGCUGCCCGAGGACGCAAAGGGUCAGAUCUCACCGGCUGGGUCGUCUGACUCUUUCCAUAGCGUGCAAUCAUGGCAAUCUCCCCUCUCCUCUCCCGGAUCGCAGCCGACGACACCCUCGACGUUUCCGUAUCCGCACGACAACAUUUUAAUGCCCAUGAGGAUAUCUCAGUAUCGCGAUAUCUCGGACUUGACUGUGACGCCAGACACCAAGAGAACAUGGGAUGCGGCAUCUUUUGGGACCAAUGAGAGCUCUCAAGAGAGCGCGGCGACUGCCCCAGACAUGGCAUCCGAGACGGCUGAGCAGGCUGGUCAGGACUCAUCCGCGGAUGGCGAAGCAAAGUCGACCGCAGUGGCACGCCGUAGACCCAGCAUUCGUCACCGGGCGACGGCAAGCAGCAUUUCGGUCAGCCGAGCGCUCUCACCGCUUCCGCCAGCUGCCAACCUGUUCUCCCCGACGGCAACUUCAAUGAGGCGACUGCCAACACGCAGCCGACUCGAUCUCGUUCGACGGGUACCCAUGGCGAUAGUCGCCAAGACAUGUGAGAUUCUGCUGAGCCCGCCUAGCCAUCUCAUGAACCUGAUGCUGCGGGUGGCGGCACGGAUCGCGGCCGGCGAAUGGCGUGGCAUGGUGUUUGGUUAUGGAGAGUCCGGGGAAACGAUCCCCGUGCAGUGGGACUACUCGGACGGCGAACUCAGCGACUGGGGUGACGACGACGACUUCUACAUGAGCCAGACAGAGGGUUCACGGGCCCCGAGCGCAGCUGAUCAGCAGGAAGCUCGGGACCGAACGGCUCGCGGCUGGGAGGUCGACUGA